GUCCUAACUUUAAAAUGCUGCCGACUGCUCGUCUCCGCCCUGCGUCUACACGCAUCAACUCAAAGUAAUCCGUACGGCGAUGGCGGACGACGGGAGGCUGGCGACGUAAACAGAGGCAGAAGAGAAAACCGUGUUCUAGGGUAGACAAGCCAAGCGGGUAAAUACAUUUUCGCUAGGUCUGUUCCUAUUGGUGGAAUACAAAACAUGAUUUAUACUGCAAUUGAUACAUUUUAUCUGACGGAUGAGCAGCUGAAGAACUCACCUUCUACCAAAGAUGGUAUUGAUGAAGCCACUGAAGCUACACUUCGAAUAUACGGCUGUGAUCUUAUACAGGAGAGUGGAAUACUGCUCAAAUUACCUCAAGCCGUCAUGGCCACCGGCCAGGUUCUAUUUCAUCGAUUCUACUGCAAGAAAUCAUUUGCACGAUUUAAUGUGAAGAGAGUUGCUGCCAGUUGUGUUUGGCUUGCUUCAAAACUCGAAGAGAGUCCUAGGAAAGCGAGGCAGGUUCUUAUUGUUUUUCACAGGAUGGAAUGUAGGAGGGAAAACUUGCCCAUAGAACAUUUGGAUACUUCUUCCAAGAGAUAUGUGGAUCUGAAGGCUGAUUUGAUCCGAACAGAACGACAUCUUUUGAAAGAGAUGGGCUUCAUAUGUCACGUUGAGCAUCCUCAUAAAUUUAUAUCUAAUUACCUUGCCACACUUGAAACACCACCAGAGCUCCGACAGGAAGCUUGGAACCUCGCAAAUGACAGUCUUCGCACAACUUUGUGCGUGAGGUUCAAGAGCGAGGUAGUGGCCUGUGGUGUUGUAUAUGCUGCUGCCCGUAGAUUCCAAGUGCCAUUACCCGAGAAUCCUCCGUGGUGGAAAGCAUUUGAUGCCGACAAAGCUGGAAUCAACGAGGUUUGCAAAGUUCUAGCCCAUCUGUACAGCCUUCCAAAGGCGCAAUAUGUACCCGUAUGUAAGGAAGGGGGUUCAUUUGCUACAUCCAAUCGAACCCCCGACCCAAAUCAAUCAGUUCCAAAGGACAACUCUGCCGCCGGAACAACUCCAAACGAAGAAGCUAAUACUGCAAAAGGGUCCUCAAAUCAGGAAGUCGGUAAGGAUGAACUCAUCAAGGCUGCUCUCGAUAAAUUGAAAGAGACAAAGAAAAGCGACGAUGAAUCUAGAGGCACGGUUGGUGGUGGCGAAUCGAGAGAAGAGGCAGAGACAAAAUUGGUAUCGGAUCAUAAAACUGAUACUAGUGGAGAAAGGACGAAAGAGAGGGAAAGGGAGAGAGAGACAGAAAGAGAGAGGGACAAAGAGAGACCGAGGAGCAGAGGGAGAGAAUCAGACAGGGAACGAGGAGGAGGAGGAGGACGGGAAGAUGGUGACAGGGACAGAGAUAAGGUUAAGGAUCGAGGACAUCGCUCCAGAGACAAAGGAAGAGAUUCAGGUCGGUUGGACAAGUCGAAGCGCCAUUCUUCUCGAGAUUGGGAUUACCACAGCUCUUCUUAUUCAUCAUCGAGAGAUAAAGAUCGCCGCAGCAGCAAACAUGUUUCUCGCCCUUGAAUGGGUCGGACCGGGAAGCUCGUCGCAAUGUGCCCAAGAGUGUUUGUUGCAGAUCUGUUGUUGUUCCUACCUACAAUCAUAGGGAUGGAUUGAUUUUUAAUGCCAUCAAUUGGAGGAGUGGCUUAUGAGGUAUAGCUGAUUUUUAAGUUGGAUGGAGUACGGAUUUAUCUUUAGUUUCUCAUUUUCAAUCGUACCAACUUGCUUGUGAAAAUUUUCUUACCAUUUAUUUAUUAUUGUGACGUGCAAAGUUUCAGCCUUA